AUGAAAAAAAUAUUUAAAUCCCAAGUAGGUAGGUACCAAAAUGUAUACACGAACAAAUCGUACCUUCACAUCUUCUUCGUAUGUGCUUUGUUUAUCACACCCUAUAACCUCUAAUCGUCACUUUUUUUCCCGGUAAUAUUCUAGGCGUUUCUCCUUCUAUAUACUAAACAUUCGCACAUGUCCACAAGCUGAUCGUUUGUACAUACGAAAUCGAAUAAAAAAGAAAAAAAAAUUAUAUUUACUUUUAAUAAAUGUGCUAAUAAUGAAAAAAGGUAACAAAAAAAAAAAAAAAAUCUAAAACGUAAUUUUAAUUCUCGCAGUCUACAAUUAAAAAAAUCAUUGGGUGACAUUUCAAGCUUUUUUUUUUUGCAUGGAUAGCGAAAAUUAAAUUAAAUUUUUUAUAAUAAUAUCCGUUCUUAUAAUAUGAUUGUAGGUAUACACAUAGAUUUUCGAACUGAUGGUUAAUAUACGAGUAGUAGUUAUAUAUAGUUUAAUAUAACUCGUAGUUUCAGGCACAAACUAUUUACCGGUUCGAUAAAAAAUAAAAAAAAAAGUUAUAGGAAUUUUACUGUUCGCGGAUAUUUCGCAUACGUUUGCUAUACUCGACGUCGCUCAUAAACUCCAACUUUCAGUCUUUCUUUAAAUUGAAUAUUAAAGCCUUUAGCCUAUAACAAAGGCAGCUUUAUUUGCACUUGUUUUUAACGAACUACCCAUCAAUUUUAAUGAAAACAGAUUUAUACAGGUAAACUUUUGAACGUUGCGAGUUAUUAUAUUGUGGUUGUUAUUUACAGACUGUUCGAUUUUGUCGGAUAUUUCGAAAUUUUCGGAGUUUACUUUGGUUUAACUACAGGAUAGGUGGACUAGCCUCGUGGAUCCUUGUUCGUAAAGUCAUAUACUCAUUCUUGGUUGUGGGUUUUUUUUUUUCAGAUCGCAUUUUUACUGUGCUUGGUGGCCGCGGCCAACGCUGCACCCUACGUGGCCGUCGCGAUACCGGUCGUACCGGCAGUCGUCCACCAUCCGGCCAACGUAGUCCACUCAAACACCGUCGUCCAAUCGCACCCGUCGCCGCCCGUCGUUGCUCGAGUGGUAGCAGCCCCCGUCGUCCACCCUGUAGCCGUCAACCCGGUCGCAGUACACCCGGUAGUAGUCCGCCCCGUGGCCGUACACCCUGUAGCUGUUCACCCGGUGGUGCCCGUCAGCACUGUCGUCCACUACUGA